CUUAUCUUAGCGCGCACAACCAGGUCCCCCACCCGCUACAAAACCAAAAAAUUCGAGGUGCAACGCCCGGAUCGAGCUUGAAGAAAAGAAAGGCUCCGGUUUGCCUGCGACGACUUUCCCCGAUCCUCCGCGACCCGCCCAACUCCCUUGUUCCUACCCCAUCAGCUUCCUCCAAUUUUCUACGACCGGGGAACCACACCACACCCACCUCGCAGCACUUCAGGAACAGGACAGGAAGGAAAUCCGACAAUAUGGCUGUUGAACAAGAGCACUUCGUCCACCUCGCCAGGCCCCUAGCGCCUACGUCCAUGGGUUUUACCGGUAGUGCCCCGCUUACCGUCAACGUCCAGCCCCAAGCCGUAUUCUCCGUCAUCGACCACGCCGUCCGCCGCGACACCCGCGACACACAGUCGACACGAGUGAUCGGCGCCCUCGUCGGCACCCGCAGCGAAGAUGGCAGCGAGGUGGAGGUGCGGAGCACCUUUGCGAUCCCGCACACGGAGAACGAGGACCAGGUCGAGGUCGACGUGGAGUACCAAAAGAACAUGCUGGCGCUGACGCUCAAGGCGUCGCCGCGCGAGACCCUUCUCGGGUGGUACACGACCUCGCACGAGCUCAACAGCUUCUCGGCCCUCAUCCAGAACUUCUUCGCCUCGCCCGAGACGGGCACCUUCCCGCACCCGGCCGUGCACCUGACCAUCUCGACGGAGCCCGGCGCGCCCAUCGCCACCAAGACGUACAUCUCGGCGCCCGUGGCCGUGUCGCCCGACCGCGCCGCCGAGUCGUGCCUCUUCAUCGAGGUGCCGCACAAGCUGCUCUUCAGCGACGCGGAGCGCGCCGCGCUGGGCACGGCGUCGGCGGCGGCCGAGACGGAGGCGCGCUCGGCGCCCGUCAUCUCCGACAUCGAGACGCUCGCCCAGUCGCUCGAGUCCGUGUCGGACCUGCUCGAGCGCGUCUCGGGCUUCGUCGGCGAGGUGCUCGACGAGGAGCGCGACGGCAGCCACGCGCUGGGCCAGUACCUGAUGAACGCCCUCUCGCUGGCGCCCAAGGUCUCGAGCACCCAGAUCGAGGCCGACUUCAACAACCACGUCCAGGACGUGCUCAUGGUCAGCUACCUGGCCAACACCAUCCGCACCCAGAUCGACCUGGCCCAGCGCCUGGCCACCGCGAACCUGGUGGGCGGCGACAAGGAGGGCGGCGAGAAGGGCAAGGAGGGCGAGGAAGGUGGCGGCCGCCCCGGGAGGGGAGGCAAGCGGGGCGGCCGGGGCGGUGGUGGACAGCGCGGGGAACCGAGGGAGCCGAGGGAGCCGAGGGAGCCUAACGAGUAGAAAGGGGGAGAAGAUGAAUACUACGAAUGAAGAAAAGAGUAAGCGGGUUUCUUCAGGGCGGAAAUUCUCUUGUUAUUCACAACAUAUCCCAUCAUCUUCGUCUGUCUCACUCGAUCCGCCUGUUGGGUUUGGUUUCGUGCAAACAGGAAGGGUCUUGGGGCUGGGGAUCAGAAUAGGGAGGACAUUCCGCUCGAAAUGACAGCGUGGGCAGCUAGACGGCGGUAUUGAGUAUAUGUUGUAGGGGAGGGAGCACACCAUUCCGAGAUAAACCGUCUCUAGGUGGCGUUAAGUCUCUGGAGAUACUGGCUGGCUCUACACGCUAAACAAAAAAUGGGAUGCCAUGGCGUUGGGCGGCAGGCAGUCGUAGCAUAGAAACGGCUAAGGACAAUAUGAGAUUCGAUCACGGAACAAAGCAGAUGACAUUUCCUCUUUGA